AGACAACUACAUUUACACAAAGAAAAAGCUACAUCAUCCCAUGACUAGUACUAGUAGACGACAGUACAUUUAUAUAUGUACUUUAAAAUAGUAGCCGUAUUAUAUGUUUUUUGCAUACCGAUUUUGGACCCAAAAAAAAAAAAAACCUAUAAAACCUUGGAUUUUGUUGUGUCAGUGUACCUUUCCUGAAAUUAGCACCUCAUAGCUGUUCAUAUAGUAUAAAACGACCCCACUUUAAUUGGCAAUCCAAAAAAAAAAAAAAAAACUUCAUCUGCAUCUCAUAGCCACCACAUACCCACCUUCAAAUUUCAUCACUAUAAUUGCCACACUUAGCGUCAAGACAUUUUAGCCUACAAACUCGUCCCUCACAUAUAUCCUUAUCCUUUUUCUUCAUAUUUCCCCCUCAUCAAACAAAGUAGAAGAAGAAUUUUUGUUUGCAGAAAAUAAACACCCCAUAUUAGAUCUUAGUCCUAAAUUUAUUACUACCCUUUUAAAAACAUUUUUAGUCAUGGACAAUAUGAGAGUCCUAGAAGAAUUCAAGCAGAGCAAUCAAGAAAACCAAAAAUCAAAGCAGAUGCAACACCAAGAACCACUACUUCAACCACCGUCAUACGGUGGCGUUGCGGCGGCGUCACCACCGUCAUCUUCAUCAUCUCCAUCACAUGAAUUUUCCUUCACAAUUUCACUUCAUCCAACAAAUUCCACAAAUACCCCUGAUAUUAAAACGAGACAAAAUCCAAAUCCAAAUCCGAACCCGAACACGAACCAGAACCCUUUUGCUAUUGAUUUAACACCAGCUGAUGAAAUAUUUUUCCAUGGUCAUUUACUUCCACUUCACCUUCUUUCUCAUCUCCCAGUUUCACCUCGUUCUUCAACAAACUCCAUUGAUAGUUCACUUCCCAUUAAAGACUUAAAAAAAAUCCAAAAUUCCAUUAAUCAUGAUGAUGAUAACUCUUAUUAUGAUCUAAAUCGUAGCUUUCACUACCAUGAUCAUCAUCAAACAAAUUCUUUAAACAUACCAAAGGAUCAACAAAAACCAAAGUCCAAGUCUUUUUCCUUGUUUGGAUUACCCAAAAGGAAAAAAGAAGAAAAAGAAGAGAAGGAAAAACAAAGGAAGUUGAACGUGAGUCAAGUUAUAAAGAGGUAUAUGAAAAUGGUGAGGCCAUUUUUGUCUUUUAGAAGUAGAAAAAAUAUGCAGUUUCAUAGACAAAGUUAUUCUUAUUCUGGGAAUUUGAGUUUUAGAGGGAAGAAUAAUAAUAAUAAUAAUAAUAGUAGUAAUAGUAAUAAGGGAAUAAAAAGAGGUGCAUAUUCAGCUCCAGUUUCUAUGAAGAAUUCUCCGACAAAUAGUGGGCUACUUGUAGCAGCACCAGGUGCUAAUUAUCAUAAUUCAUCUUCAAGUGAUAGUACAAUGGAAGAAUUACAAGCUGCUAUUCAAGCUGCAAUUGCUCAUUGCAAGAAAUCUAGUUCUAUGGAAGAGAAGAAAAUCAAAUGCCAAGAAAAUGAAGAUAUGAUCAUCCUGAAGUGAAAAAAGAAAAAAGAAAAAAAAAGGAAUCUUGAUAAUUUUUAUCCUCUUUGGUACUGCUUAUUUCUUGCAUACUAGGUUUCUUUUUUUAAUCUCUUGUGUAUCAUAAUGAUGAAGGAUAUUUGUAAGUAUUUUUUACUACAUGAGUUUUAAAAGAUGGAUUAUUCAUGGUGAUGGAUUGGCAGGUCAACCAUGUAGGAUUCUUUUUUGAUGAAUUCUUUUUUCAUGUAACUCUUCUUGUACACAAUUCUGUCUGCGUAUAAAAGUUAAACUCUUUUAUGAUGAUGACAUCGUAGUUGGUUAUCAA